AUGUCUUAUAAACAUCAAUUUUCUGAUCUACAUAAUUUUGUUAAUGAUCUUUAUACUCUUGGAGAAACAAUUGGUAAAGGUCAUUUUGCUGUUGUUAAAAUUGCUCGACAUAUUUUUACACAAAAAGAAGUUGCCGUUAAAGUUAUUGAUAAAACAAAAUUAGAUGAAAUAUCUAAAACUCAUUUAUUUCAAGAAGUUAAAUGUAUGAAAUUAGUUCAACAUCCAAAUGUUGUUCGUUUAUAUGAAGUUAUUGAUACACCAAAUAAACUUUGUCUUAUUUUGGAAUUUGCUGAUGGAGGUGAUAUGUAUGAUUAUAUUAUUAAACAUGCUAAUGGUCUUAAUGAAUCUUUAGCACGAAGAUAUUUUCGACAAAUAUGUCGAGCACUUAAAUAUUGUCAUGAAAUGUCUGUGUGUCAUCGUGAUCUUAAACCAGAAAAUUUAGUUUUCUUCGAAAAACAAGGUGUUGUUAAAUUAACUGACUUCGGUUUUUCUAAUCUAUUUUCACCUGGUAAAAAAUUGUUAACAAGUUGUGGAUCUCUUGCAUAUUCAGCGCCUGAAAUUCUACUUGGUGAUCCGUAUGAUGCACCAGCAGUUGAUAUUUGGAGUUUGGGUGUAAUAUUAUUUAUGCUUGUAACUGGUCAUGCACCAUUCCAAGAAGCUAAUGAUUCCGAAACAGUAAUGAUGAUACUUGAUUGUUCUUAUAAUGUUCCAUCAAAUAUUUCUCUUGCAUGUCAAAACUUAAUUCAUCGAAUGAUUGUACGUGAACCAGAAAAACGUGCAACACUUGAUGAAGUUAUGUCUGAUAUAUGGUAUCGACAAUGUGAAGAUGAUGAUUAUGAUAAUGAACAAUAUUAUAUUGAUUCAUUAAAAUUAAUAUCACAAGAUGAUCAUGAAUUUAUUCUUCGUCAAAUGAUUGAUGGAAAUGUUGCUGAAAAAGAAAUUAUAUUAAAAUCUUUAAAUGACAAUCAAUAUAAUCAUACAACAGCAACAUAUCAUCUUCUUGCUGAAAAAAUUUUUCAUGAUAAAUUCAAUAAUAAAAAUCGAACUGUUAAACGACAAAAAUGUUCAUUACAACCUGCAAAUGAUCCAUUUAAAGAACAAAUUAAUAUAUUUAUAUCUUCAACAUUAAAUUUUGGAAAAGAAAAUAUAUCACCAAUGCUCAUGACUCCAAAACAUUCAAUUGAUUCAAGCCAUGAACAAAUUUUAUUAGCUCUAGUUGAAGAUGAUGAAGAACCACUAUUGUUACAACAGUGUACAACUAAUACAAAUAUAACAACAACAUCAGUACAAGCUAUGAACAUUAUACUUGAAGAAGAUGAAAAUCCUGAAACAUCAUCGACAGAGUAAGAUUUGUAAUAAACAGAACAGGGGCGUAUAAGGGUCAGUUUUGAAUCAUCCUUAGUUUUCAUUUAUUCAUG